AUGGCAACCUUAUCAGAGAGGAGGGACCCUUCUAUAAACCCACCAUCUUACAAUAAAGGGCGGCGGUUCAGACCUCAACUGUCCUGUACAUACUGCAGACAAAAGAAGCUCAAGUGCGACCGAGGGCAUCCUUGCGACAACUGCGCAAAACGCAACCAGUCUCAAUCAUGCCAGUAUGCCACUCCUGCGGUGCGCAACAGAACUGCUCAAGCUCGCCGGGUGACCUACUCUGGCGACAUUGCUGAGAGGGUACGUCACUUGGAAAAUCUCGUGCUUUCCUUGGGAGCUCGAAAUUCCGGUCUGCAAAACCAAAGCGCCGACGCGGCAGCGAUUCGUGUAGCAGUUCCCGACAAUGAUGGGACAAUGCUUGGAGAUCAGAUGGGCACAAGAUGGUUUGAUGAUACGCAUUGGCAAGCUAUCAUAGACGAUAUAGCAGAGCUCAAGGGCUGCACAGAUACCCUCGAACAAGCACGCGGCGACCCCCUUCCAGACACUGCAGAAGAAGAGAAUUACGGACUGACAUUGUUUUUUGGACUAUCACCGUCAAUGAACCGGUCUGAUCUGCUGGCAUCCCUCCCUUCAAGGCCUGUUGCCGACCGGCUCGUUUCUCGGUACUUUAACUCUAAGGAGCCUAUACUAAUGGUCCUCCAUAUCCCGACCUUUUAUAAAGAGGCAGCACCUGUUGCUUGGGUCGGUCUCCUCUUCAAUAUCUUGUGCUACUCAGUCUCCUUCUACCAGCGCGCAGGCGAUGCACUUCCGGGCUCGCUGGGUGAGCCAAGGCGCGCUCGCGAUUUCUACAGAACCCGUGCUGCGCAAUGCCUAGCCCUCGCAGACUACACCAGACCAGGUCGAUACAAGAUCGAGGCCCUCCUACUCUACUCCGGAACAGAAUUCAUGAGGACCAGAGAUAGCCAGAUUGGCAUUUCUAUUCUGGUCAGCGUCAUCGUUAAGCUGGCCAUGCAUAUGGGCUACCAUCGCGAUUCAAAACAUUAUCAGAAUCUUUCGGUUUUUGAAGGUGAAAUGCGGAGACGGGCCUGGGCAUUGAUAUGGCAAGUAGACCAUCUUGUUUCGUUCCAAGUUGGUCUUCCUAGAACGAUAUCUGAUUCGCAGUGCGACGCGGGCCUGCCUCAUAACCUUCUUGACGAGGACUUUGACGAGACGACAAAGGUGCUUCCCACGCCUCGGCCAAUUACGGAGCGUACUCCGGUGACAUACACAAUCAUGAAAGGAAAGCUUGUGUCUGUUUUCGCCCGGAUUGUCGAAAAAACAUACUUGACAGGAGGUGCAAUGCACGAGGAGGUGACGCAGCUUGAUAAGAAUCUCCAGGACGCACAUACCUCUUUGCCGCCUUUUUUGCGCAUCCGUACCAUGACCAUGUCUAUUACCGAUCCACCAGACCUCAUCAUGCAACGGUAUAAUCUCGAAUUGCUCUAUCAGAAAGCCCGAUGCGUGCUUCAUCGCAGAUACUUGACCGACUACCGAUCAGAUCUGAGAUAUGCUUACUCAAGGUGGUCGUGUGUAGAUGCAGCGACGCAGAUUAUUCGCCACCAGAGUGACCUCUACGACGAGACGUUACCAGGGGGCCAGCUGUAUAGAGAUAGAUGGUAUAUAUCAUCGCUAACCAGCCAUGACUUUCUUCUGGCUGCGAUGAUCUUAUGCCUGGAACUCUCCUGGAAGACGACGAGCGACCCACCAAAUCUAUACCCUGGCUCAAUGAAUUCGACACCCAAAAGCCAAGAAGAACUAUCAAAAACUUUAGAGACCUCGUACAGCAUUUGGACCACAUUCAGUGAAACCUCAACGGAAGCUCGGAAGGCAUCCAAAGCGCUGGCGCUAAUGCUUCAAAGUGCUAAGAGAAACCAUCCGGGCUCUAGAGACAGAGGAGAGGAGCCACCAGCCCCAGGUGUUCUUCCCUGGCGAAACGCAGGCAAACGAGGCCAGCAAGCAGUCAGCGGACCUAGACCUCAGCGGAAUGGUAGAGCCUACAUCGAUGGCGAUGGAGGAUAUGAUGAACAAUCCCGAAGGGUUUGA